AUGGUUGAUAACAUAGGUGGUGAUGGUGGUGGUGGUGGUGCUUCUGGAAGCAACAACUCAGGCGGCGAUGACGGUUGCAUCAAGGAACAAGAUCGACUACUUCCAAUCGCAAACGUUGGCCGGAUAAUGAAGCAAAUCCUUCCACCAAACGCAAAGAUCUCAAAAGAAGCAAAAGAAACCAUGCAAGAAUGUGUUUCUGAGUUCAUAAGUUUUGUUACUGGUGAAGCAUCUGACAAGUGUCACAAGGAGAAGAGGAAGACUGUUAAUGGAGAUGAUAUUUGUUGGGCUCUUGGAACUUUAGGGUUUGAUGAUUAUGCUGAACCCUUAAAAAGGUAUUUGCAUAGAUAUAGAGAAUUAGAAGGUGAAAAGGCUAAUCAGAACAAAGGUGGGAAUUUAGAAGACAAAGAUGGACCAAACAUCUUAAUGAAACAACAAUCUUUGGGUUCUUCUACACCUCUUAAGUUCAAUGUCUUUGACAAGAACAGUAAUGGUUCUAUGUCUAGGCCAUUUUAA